GGUUAGUCAAUUCAGUUCUAGGGUACAUUUUUGUUUUACAUAAAAAAGAACAGAAAAUCACCCUGUAUUAUACAUUGACAAGGUGAUUUUCUGUUAUAAAUUGAGUUCAAGGAACUUGUCUUUUGCUAAUUGGGACAGUUUGGAGGAAAAUUUGGACUAGUUUUGGGAUGGAUCAUAGAAGUGCAAAAGAUGAGGAUGCUGAAAUUGAUCUUGAAUGUGGGGUGGCAAUAAGUGAUGAUUUUCAGAAAAGUGAUGAUAAUAAGCAUAGGGUAUCCUGCAAUGACUCGAAUUUAAGUGGAACUUCCAUGGAUUUUUUGGAAGUUACAAACAAGUCUUCAGUACAUUGUGCAGCCAAAACUCCUACCUCAAAGGAGAAGCAUAAGAAGUCCUGUAACAAAAAGUCUCCGAAGCCUCCAAGGCCUCCGCGAGCUCCAUCGUUGGAUGCGGCUGACCAAAAGCUAAUCAGGGAGAUAUCUGAACUCGCCAUGUUGAAGCGUGCAAGGAUAGAACGCAUGAAAGCCUUGAAGAAGAUGAAAGCUGCGAAGACAUCUUCGGCUUCCGGAAGCAGCAUGUUUGCCAUGAUUUUUACUGUUAUCUUCUGCAUUGUGAUAGUACUCCAAGGCAUGUCACCUGGAAAAACUUCGGUGGCGAGUUUCCAGGGAUCUCCUGAACCUGCAGGAGAAGCAGAAGCUGCUCUGAUUGACGUUCAACUUCAACACCACCUCAAUCCAUCUUCAAGUGAUGUAACUGCCCCCAGUUUUGAGUCUCACUCUCACAACUUUGUUCAGCGGAUUACCGGUUCGGAUUUGCCUAUAAAACUGAGCAGAGAUGCACAUUAAGCAUUUGUUCUUGACCAAGAAAAGAGGGUUUAGUGCUCUUGUGCUGCUUCUCUUCUUGCCUUUCAAAGCAUUUUCUUCAUUAUGAGACUCAAUAUGUUGGGUAGUUUAUCCCCAGUGUGUAUAUUAAUCAAUGAUGGGGGUGAGUUAAAUUACCAUAAUAGUGUUAUAGGUGUAGUUUCUUACCUCCUUAGCAACUACAUGUUGCUUUUUCAUACUCUCUAAAGUUAAGAGUUGGAGGAGAUUUUGCUUUCCAAAGUUUGAUAAUUAUGUAUGAAUAUGAUGAUCACCUAAUUUAUGUUGUAUUGAUGUAUUUGUAUCAUUUCCCUCUUGUGAAUCAAUAAGAGAAGGCCUUUCAAAUC